CAGCUGAUAACAGAUAUUUAACCGGGCAAAUUCGGCCGAUUAAACUCCGGUUGACUUUAAUCAGAGACGGUGCGACUGGCCCUUAUAACUUAUAACAUGACUUGAGACCGUGAUCAUGAUAUUACAUUUGCGCGUAACAUCCUUUGAUGCGGCCAAGUUUACCGACAAUUGGUGGAACGGUUUUACGGCGUACCUAACAGAAAAUGUUACAAGUGUGUACGCGGCUUUAACUGCCAAGUGCCAGGCGCCAGCUGCUUAAGAAAGGUAAAAAAUAAAAAUCCAAUCAAACUCAUAGAUAUUAAAAUCUAUAACCAAACUUGCCUCAUUUAGCUCUUCGUAGAGAGGCUAUAAAAGAAUAUAAUAUAGGCUCUCUAGAUCUACCUCAUUGCCACAUUACCUCAACUUUACUCUUGAAAUCUAUGGAUGACACCGACUUAAUAACAAAUCAAUAAAAAUAAGUACUUUAUUUCCGAAUUUAUAUAGCAGGAGAGGUAUACUUGUCUAUGGCAGGAGUCACCAACUAAUAUACUGGUAUACUAGUAUACUACGACUACUAACUAGUAUACUAUACUAAUCUAUGCUCAGACACAUUUUUACGGACCCUAAUGGCUGCGUAAUUAUAAAAUAUAAAAUAUAGUUUUUAUAUUGCAUUUUUAUAGGUACAAAAAAUAAUUCUAAGAAGUUGACAAUACAUAACUUUUUCAGGAAUUACAGUUAACUGAUAGGUUAGUAGCGUUCACAGAAUAUAAUAUCUAUAAUCUAUACAAUACUAUAUAGAUAUCUGUGGCAGUGGCGUAGCAAGGGUAUGGCGAACUGUGCCUACGCCAGGGGCGCAAAUUUGUGCUUUAAAAUUGGUACUUAUUUUUAUUCUACCUUCAAAACGACAUUUCUUUAUUACCUAUAUAGUCAUUUUGAAAUGUGUAUGAUUUUGUUUAUCUUGUUUAUCGUUAAAUUCGUGUUUCAGUACAAGGAACAGUGUGUGUGUGUGUGUGUGUGUGUGAAUAUCCAGCUUAUCGCCCGUGGCCCGUCUAUAAAAUAUAUUAUGAUAUUGGGUGCGUUCAUCUUGGUCGAUUUGUACGCUUUAAGCGCUCAUGAGCGCUCGCGGUGCGUUUGACUUGGCGCUUAUCAGCGAUGGGAAAAAUUGUUAAAACUAAAAUUCUUGAAAUUAUUAAAAAAUAAUAUAAAAAUAGUAAAUAUUAUGCAAUAUUAUUUGAUAGCACUCCUGAUUUUUCACACAAAGAACAGUUAUCACAAAUUAUAAGAUACGUACAAAUUUCAAAUAAUGAAGUAAUGGUUGAAGAAAGGUUUAUCGAUUUUAUAGAAAAAACCAAUAAAUCUUUGCAAACUAAAGAUAAUACAAUUGAUAUGACAAGUAAAAUGUUAAACGGUUUGUAUAAUUCUAUUCAAGAAAUUCGUGAUAACAAUUUUGAGGAUUCAUUAAAAAUGCAAAGAAUACUGCUAUCGAAAUGGAACUGUCAUCCGAAUUUCUAGAAAAACGAAGGCAUAAAAUAAAACGUAUGGAUGGAGAAGAAGCAAUAGAUGAUGGUGCAACAUCCGUCCACGCCAAAAUCAAAAAUGAUUUUUACAUGCCAGUUGACUCAAUCUUAUCGAGUUUAAAAUGGCGAUUUAAAAGAAUGACUAUUUUAUCUAAUGACUUUGAAUUUGUAUGUGGAAGUAAGCUAUCGUCAAUGGAUUUUGAUGAAAUUAAAAAAUGGACUAACGAUUUAGCAAUCAAAUACGACAAGGACCUCAAUGGAUUCGAGCUUUGCUCUGAAAUGGAAUGUUUUAAACACCAGGCUUCUGCACUGAUGACCAAUUUCAAAAUGACUGCAUCGAUUGAUUUAUUAAAAUUUAUUCAUAAACAAAACUUACAAGAUAUUUAUCCUAACCUAGAAAUAGCGUUAAGAAUAUUUCUCACUAUUCCAGUAACAACUGCUAGUUGUGAAAGAAGUUUUAGUAAACUUAAACUAAUAAAAAAUUACUUAAGAACAACUAUUGGACAAGAGAGACUAACAAGCAUGGCAAUUUUAUCCAUAGAACAUGAAUUUGCUAGACAAAUUUCAUAUGACGAAAUCAUCGAUGAAUUCUCUAGGCUUAAAGCAAGAAAAGAAAAUUUUUAAAGUUCGAAAUUUACAUAUUGUCAUAAUAGCUGAUAAUUAAAUAAUGUUGAAUUACCUAAAUAUAUAUAUAAAAAAUAAAUGUUAAAAAAUAUCAUUUCGUAUUUUCGUCAAUUUUUUAAUCGCUAAAAAUGCGCAUUUUCCUAGGUUUGCCAGAGGCGCUAACGAGUCUUUCUACGCCACUGAUCUGUGGUAACGUUAGACGCUCGUUCCGCUGCGUUAUCGCGUAUAUUCGUAUGUCAAAAAAACGAUAUCAAGAAUUUCCAAAGUACGUUUUAUUACAAUUAAUUUAUGUCUCUAACUAGCAGUUAAAUAUGAUUGAAAAAACGGACCUUAGUAGGAAUGUAGGAUUGUUAUUAAUAUUGUUAAUGUGUGAAAAUGUCAUUGGGUAUUUAAAUGUGUUUUGGACCGUGGGAAGUUUGGUGAGUUUCAAAACGGACACCCGUAGAAAUUAGUUAGUGACCCGCCGUCCCGCCCUGUUAUAUAGUAAUUCAAAAACACAAAAUGUAUAAUUUUUGAAAUGCAAUUAUAUGCUAUAAAUUUAAAAUACAUAAUAUAUAGGUAUAAACUUUACCGGACACCCUUUUUUUUUCAAUUUUUUUUCUUCAAAAUAGGUACGUAGUUUUUUAUGCUGAAUUCAAAAGUGUUUGAAAAAAUGUCCAGAAACUUACCGUUCAAAAGUUAUGGCAAUUCAAAGUUGUCGAUAUUAUAAAACAGACUUUUGAAUGGACGAGUGAAUGAGUGACCACGUUGACAAUAAAUGUACUUCGAAAUAAUAUUGAGGAAAACCGAGGUUUACCUGAGGUGUUUUACACAGCAAAUAGGGGGAUAUUUUCAAUACAUUUGCGGAGCGGAGCGACGGCGCCAAAGAGCGUAGUGACGAGUGCCUAUACACGCAUAAUCACUGCAACUUUGAAUUGCCAUAACUUUUGAAGGUAAUUUUCCGGAAAUUUUUUCAAACACUUUUGAACUCAGCAUGAAAAAACACGUAUUUUAAAAAAAAAGGGUAUCCGGUAAAUUAGGUUUGUCGUUUGUUCCGAAAAUUGUCGCCCUAAAUAACUAUAAAAUAAUAAUAUAAUAAUGGUUAAUACAACAUACUGCACUAACUGAAUUAUCAUUUAAUUAGCUACUAUAAAAUAUAUAUUAAUUAGGUAAAUAUGCAAAACAAAUUUUAUUUAAAAUUUAAAUACUCAACACUAAAAAUGUUCCGCUAUAGGCACGUGCCCUAGGAAACUAGGAUAAAAAUGCAUACGGGAUAAAAUAGACACGGAUUUAUUUUUGCCCUAAAACAAUGAAUUUACUAUGUUAUUAACCAUGUGAAAAAAAAUACCAAAGUCUUUUAAUUGCUUAGUAAAAAAAUAUUACACAUUUUAAAUCCCUCUAAUAUUAUUAGACUACCUAUACUAAAUAAACUAAAUCGUUUGAUAAUUUUUCACUAAUAAUUGGACUAAUCUUGUCGCCGUAUCUUAGUCGUAUUACCUAUUUAUUGGUGUUUAUCAUGUGGACAAUAAUUUGGAAAGUAAAUAUUUGGACGACAAACAGUGGCAAUCAUUUAAGGGGGGCAAUGGGGGCAAUGCCCCGGGCAGCAAGUUUGUGUGUGAGCUUUUUUUGGAAAAUAGAUUUACAAUGAUUUAGGCAGUUAGGCAAAUCAAUGUCAAUAAAACGUUCAAUUAAUAUUUAAAUAUAAACAAAGCUAUUUUGUGCAAUCUCUUUCCGAGUGCACAUCUGAUAAUACGUACGCGUAUUGGUUCGUCGUCGAACACCUAAACCUAUUGUUCUGUGCCUAAACUAAACAUUUAUUAUGGGCUAUAAUGUUAGUAACAUCGUACUGUCAGUACAAAAAGGUCGUAUAUCAAAAAUGGUAUAUUGUAUAGGAGAUUGUUUUUAAUAUUUAAUAGCUUACAGACUAUAGGUAUAGUAAUUUUGCAAGUUUAUCUUUAACCACAUACGAGUAAAACAUAUUGUAUUCGAAAAUGUCUUGUAACCUGUAGAAAUAUUUACGGAAAAUGUAUUUAACAUAUAGG